UAGAAAAAGGAAGCGAUAAAAGCAAAGCGAUUUUCCUUGGAUGUUGUUUUUUGCGUUUACUGUUAAAAAAAGUUAUUUUCAGUGAUACAACAGUGAAUAAUUUAUUAGUUAGAUCAGCAAGUGUCAGUUAAUUUUAAGUGUGACCUAAAUUUACGGAUAUAUUAUUGUCAAAAGGCGUCCGCAAACAUGAACAGUUCGCGGCAUAAAAGAUCUUCGAUUUUGAAGAAACGACCAUCGGUUGAUCCGGCAAGUUUAGAAGGAAGUCCGUCGGAAAUGAUCACUACGACGAAAGUGAUAAAACGGAUCGGGUUUAAGCCAAAAAAGUCUGUCAAGGAAUUCUUUGCAUCGGAAGAGACGGCAACAAUAUGGUGCAACUCGUACGAGUUAUCAGCGGAUAAUACUCCACCUGGUUUGGUUAUUGCCGAUGCAAGUACAGUGAAAGACGAUUCGAAAGCGCACUGUGCACAAGCAUCGACGGAAAACUAUACUCGCCAGGGGAAUAAAGAAAACCGUUUGUCACUGGAAGAACGGCGAGCCAGUUUCGGAGACAACAGUAGUAUUUGGAAUUUGUCGAUUUCGGCCAGUGAAGAGGAACGUCGUCGAUUGAAGGCGGAGAAUUCGAUCAAUUCUAGCGUCCUAAACACAACCGAAAGACUGACUCAGGAUCCACUGCCUUUAUCCAGGUCUGUCCUGCGGCAAAAGCAACUGGAGGUGUGCGAAGAUACCAGUGCAAUGGAUAUAAGUCCUGUAAAGCAAGAAGGAAAGUUGAGCUCUCCUAGGAAAAUACUUUAUCAUCAUCCCAAGCAAAACAUGUUCGUCACUAUAGAUGUGCCAAAUGAAAAACCAUCAGCACAAUCACCCAACGACUCGGACAUUAUUUUUUUCGGACCGCAGAAGAAUCAAACUACAAGUAAAGAUACAGAACAGCCACGAGUGCUUUUUCAAACGUCGAAUACUAACAAUCAAUGGCGAAACAAGUCGAUUCAGACGGAGCCGCGCCCGUCGAUGGCCGAGGGCAUGCGUUCAACCGCGGUCAAUGCGGAUUUGUCUGCCGGUUGGAGUUCGCACAUUGCCGCUUCGGAACCAUUCGGACAGCGGUUGACAUUCGGAAACAGUCAGGCAGAAAUAUCGGAGGGAUGGAACUCGCAUCCGGCUGCGGCUUUGCGGCUGAAAAUGCUCCAGCAAGGCAUGGUCUCCAUGGAGUUCGAUCCGCGAAUAUCGGACGGUGGAGGAGGUGAGGAUAUUGAUACUACGCUUGCGAUCACACAGACCGUGACAAAAAUGUUGGAACGAGGCUCGAGAACCACCUCGCUGGACAGCACUCGCGUGGUUGAAGCAGAUCCGAUGGAUGUGACGGGAAGUAAGAAAACCCACACCGAUGAUCAGAUGGAUACUUCUGUCCACAUGGAGGAACCAGUAGAGGAUGAAACGAUUACCGAUGUACGGCUCCCCACCAAUGCUUUGAGUAGAGCGCGACCUUCAUUCGUCCCAAGCGCUGUCCCGAUGGACGACAGUCAAUCGCCUGAGGAAGAAAUUGUUGCCGUAUCUGGUUGCCAUCGAAAGCCAAAGCAGCGUUACACUCUACUGGAAACAAUACCGGUCGAAACUACACAAACCGAACGUGACGCGUCAUUCUUGACAAUCGGAACAUCUCAUGAACCAUCACCCGAAAAUCUGAUCGCGACAACCCACGGUCGAACUAUCAUUCAAGAAGAAAAAAUCAUCGAAGAUAGCGUAUGCUUAGCAGUUCCGCAGGUUGAGAUCCAAACUCCUCCAAAGACAAAUAUGAGACAAACAGUAUACAAUACCAAAAUGGAUCGAUCUCCUGCCGAACAACUACCAGCGAAGUGUUCCGAAACUCCUAUGUUUAUUGUGGAACCAAUUAAGCUGGAUUUGCCCGAGUUGAUUUUCGGCGAGCACAGUAUUGGACUGGGAUUGUCCACGAAAGACGAACCAACACCACACGACACGAAUCGACCAAAAAUUCAUCGGAUGCCUCCGAGAAAUUUGAAGCUUGAGUUUGGUGCAGUGAUGCCCGAAGAAGGAUCCCAGAAAAAUGCGGAACGUAAGGAUCCGGCAAGUACGAUUAUUAUUGAUUCGCCGGAUCUCAAAUCUCACCAAUUGUUGAAUCGGAAAACAGUACAUGCCUUAGGGGAUAUUUCAUUGGACAAGGAAUUGUUGCGCAAAUCUGCUGAUUCUGACGAGAUGCCCCGAAGAACCAAUUUUCAAAAUCUCGACGUUUCUGUAGUCUGUAGUCCUAUUGGUGAGGAUCUCGCUGCGAAACGAGUGACCGUUUAUUCGAAUGAAAACCUGAACGAAUCAGAGUGUCAACAACCAAAGGAAGACUCUAAACCUCGGAGGACAAUAAAACAUAACGAAGAAGUUGAAUGCGAAUCACCUGAAUCGGGUACUGUUCCCCAGCCCAACAGCUCUCGAAGGACCAAGUUUUUAUUAGGCGACAUGGAUCAAUCGAUGGAACAAUUGGCAAGUGACAGUAAAAAAUCUAGGAAAACUAAUGCUCUUGAACAUGACGUUUCUGUGGAAAUUGUUGAAGAUCACGAACGAGAUGCGAUUAUCACGAACAAAGAUCCAAGGCCUCGAACGACAAUUUUCUACGACGACCGUCUGGAGCAAACUCGGUUGGAUCUACGUUCUGAAUUGUUGGAGAAUCUCAGGUCAUCAGAUCAUGUAAGAAAAACAAUCCAAACGAACGAAGCAAUGGAAUGUGAGUCACCUGAACCGAAGAAUUGUGCCUUGAUCAGUAGCUCUCCAAAGAACAGGUUUUCGUCACGGGACAUGGAACAAUCGAUUGCGCUUCAAUGUCCAAGCACUGACGAGGCGUCAGAUAAAGAAUCGAAAAGUGCUAAUGUUGAUAAUAAACUUGAUGUUUCUGUAGAAAUUGUUGAAAACGAUCGAGGUGCAGUUCUCGCAGAAGAAAUUCAUCGAAAACCCCCACGAGCAACAAUUAUGUACAACGAACAAUUGGAACAAACUUGUUUGGAGUCUCACUCUGAAUCAUUGAAUAAUCUUAGAAGGCUAGAUCAUGCGCGCAAGACUAUUCAACAGAACGAAGCAAUGGAAUGCGUGUCUCCUGAAAAGAGUAGAGCAGCCCAGUCGAACAGCUCUCGUAAAACCAAGUUCUUGUCAAGCGACAUGGAUCAAUCCAAAGUUCCAAUGCUGAAUCACUACGCAGACUCUGACGGGCGUAAAAUGCCAGACAUUGUAUCAAACGAUAUUCCAGGGAAAGCACGAAAUACAAUUUUGUGCAACGAACAGUUGGAAUUAACGCGAUUGGAGUCUCGUUCAGGAUCUUUGGAAGAUCUCAGAACAUCUGGUCAAGCGCGAAAAACUAUCAAACAAAGUGAACCAAUGGAAUGGGUGUCACCUGAACCGAGUAGUGUAACCCAACCAAGUGACCCACGGAGGACCAAAUUUCUGUUGGACGACAUGGAUCAUACUCAAUCAUGUCCGCCUGUGCUAGAAUCCAUGCCACGAUCAAAAACUUCAACCCUUCAGAUAAUGGAAGACACUGUCAAUAAAUCACCGAUUACGAAAACAGAUGGACAGGUUGCAUUCGUGACUAGCGGAAAUGAUUUUCACGAUCUCGACGUUGCUAUGGACAGUCCUGUUAAUAGGAUUCAAGAGGCAAAUAAAAACCAGUCAAAUUGUCUGCCACGUGAAGCUCCCAAACAUUCAAGAGCAACGAUGUUGUGCAACGAACAGCUGGAGGAGACGCGUUUAGUUCCACGGUCCGGUUCGUUAGAAGACCUCAGAAAUAGACAAUCACGCAAAACAAUCGAACGGAUUGAAUUCGUUUCACCGGGAGCAGGCAGCUCAAUUCAAUCAGAGGAAGUAUUGAAAAUCAGAAAUAGGUUAAAAGAUGUGGCGAAUUCUCCUAUCAGCAGAUCAGCUAAUUGUUCCAAGUCACGAUUGACAACUGUCCAAGAUGUGGAUCAAACUAUCGAUCGAUCUCCUCACAUUGACGCUCCAUUGGAAAGCGUGAAGCAUCGUGAAAGCAUCCACAUGAAGACGGAUAUGGAUCAGUCUAUUUGUUCUCGGAAAUCAGUUUUGCUGGAGGUGCCGAAGCAGAAAUCACGCCAUACGAUUAUUGCUCGUGAAAGUAUGGACCAAACGUUGAUUGAUCGACAAGUGGAGGUUUCGCAGGCACCGCAGAGGAAGUCUCCAACCAACACACAACACAAAUCACGUCAAACUAUUAUCGGUCGAGAAAGUAUGGACGAAACUUUAGUAGAUCGACAUUUAGAGGUAUCCCAGGGUCGAGUGCCACAACGGAUUUCACAGCGAAGGACAUCAGGCUCGGAUAAAAAAUCACGUCAAACAAUAAUCGGGCGUCAAAAUAUGGAUGAAACUUUACUUGGAAAGCAUGUAGAAACUCAGCAGAAUCUCAAUAUGAGAGAGUCGCUUGCGGAUUCGCAUCAACGUCUGAUUUCACACCAUUCAGGCCUGCCUGAUAUAGUUUCUCAUAAAUCGCGUCUCACCAGCUAUCAUGAAACGGCAAUGGAGGAGACGAGAGUUUUUCAGGACAAUUGUGGUGAUGUGUCUCAACGGUUGGAACAAUGUUCACCUGCUCUGCGAACAGAUUUGGCUGUUAGUAAGAUAGGUCAGGAUCGAGUGACUUCCAACCUGCAUGAGACCGAUAAGAAUGAAAAUUACACAAAUCGAAUGAUCCACAUUGACGAAACUAUCAGGCAGUCUCCAGAUAAAACUGACGAUGUCCCCACGCGUCAAACUGAAAAAUCACGUUUUACCAGUUAUGCUACAGAUAGAAUGGAUGAAACUCUCUCUCCCGCAAGUAAAUUGGAGUCCAUCGUUUUGGAGCGAUCUAGAAUGUGUGCAGACGUAGCAGAACCAUCAAUGCAAAAGUCUCGACAAACGGUCCAUCAGGAAGCGCCAAUGGAUGAGACGGGAUACACGACCCCACCGCAUAAUUUGACAUUACCGCCACGAGGUAGUAUAAUUCAAUCGUUAUCCAACGUGUCUCGUCCUAUUGUGAAUGAUGAACACUUCUUGAAUGAAUCAAAUCGGAUAGAAGAAACUAGCAAGCGUACUAGCAUACCUGUUCAGAAGAUGUCGUCCAUUCGCCAAACGCUGUACCAGAUGGACCCUAUGGAGGAGACAACAGUUGCUCUGCGGAACAUUUCUGUCGCCAAUCUUGGACGUAUAUCUCGAUUAUCGCCUUUUGGGAAAACGACAGAUACAACAAACUUACGACAAACGCUCCACAAACAACAGGAUAUGGACCGGACCACUGCUGGAAACCGUGAAACGCUCGUGGAAAACGGCGUUGUUAGUCCAAUGCAGGAAGGCCACAGAACAUUCCAUUGUAAACGGGAUUCAGAACCGACUGUUGAGAUGACUGACGAGAUGCAUUUCGAUGCUCGAGAAGUCAACGAAAGUGUAUGUAACGAGUCCACGGUUCCAAUUAGUUGCUCAUCGCCUGCACAGAAGGUUAAGAAUGGCAUCGUUCCAACAGCUACCGUUAUUAGCCAAAAUGACUAUAAAUCAAACAAACCCAACCGCCAAACAAUUCUUGUCGCCGAAGACAUGGAUCAAUCGCUCAUCAUGCACACUUCGACUGCGGAAGUUUCAUCCAAUAAAUUCCAACCCUCCCGCCGUACUAUCAUUCAACCGGACAAAAUUGUAGAGGAAUCGUUCAAUUAUCCGGUGAUAAAAGAAGAACUGUCAGAUUCAACACCAAACGCAUCUCCAACACUCGUAAUACAAGAACAAACAAAGCAGGACUUUUCGUUCGCUAUUCCGCAGUUGCCGGACGACUGCGUGCUGAGAAGUACGGCACCGAUUCCAUACUACAAAUCGAACCCAGCAAUGCAGAAUGCACCUCAACUCCCCCAACCUGUGUUCGCCAAUUGCUCGAUUACCGAGCCGAACUCAUCCACUAGGAAAACUAUUGCCGUCGAUAAUCUGAGUGAAAUUUCCGGUUUGGAACUAUCCAACUGCCACCCAAUUAGACCAGUUGGCGGAGUUUUUGGUCCACCUGGUGAGAUCGGCAAUUUAACUUUGAAGGAAGUGACUGAACCAACGAUUACCCCGUUAGCGCCCGUAGCUGUUUCGGUCAUACAGGAAACCCCCAAAAAGGCCAGCCUAAUACCGGUGCGCAAGAGUCGAGGUUCAAUAUUCGACAGACAAUCAUUGGAUUUGGAUGAAUCCGGAAUUGCUCAAAUAGUUUCUCAGGAGCCGCUGGAGCCUAAUGAAUUAUUAGCGCCCCAAACAACGAAGAUCAAUGUUUCUUGCUUCCCCGUACAGACUGAAGACGAAAUUGUCAUAAAAAAUGAACCCAUUGUAGAAUCAAGCGAUGACGAGUUUUACGAUGCUCAGCUUGACCCAGAAAAUGGGCAACCUAGUCAUCAAGAUUAUGUGCAUGUCACUAAAGAAGCAGUACAGCGUAAUAUUCCUAGUCGGGGUAAUUUGAAGUUCAUUGAGAUUGAUGAUGCGGAGCACUGCCAAUCUAUGCUUGCUAAUCAAACCAACGCAGGAUACCGAACGGUCAAGUUUAUUGACGUAGAUGAUCUCGAACAAACUACUCAAAAGCGACAUCUUUCUCAAAUAUCAAAAUCCGUUUUAUUGGAUCACGAGAACGAUCCAUUGAAUGUCUCCCUUACCGAUGACUACCCAAUGAAGAAAAGGAAAACCAAAAUUCCCACACCUUUGAAACGAUCUCGAAGGACGUCACUCGCCAGUGCAGAACCCGAUCAGAAGUCGCUACGACGUGUUACUUUCCACGAGAACUUGGUGCUCAGUGUGGAUUCGGACGAAAAGGACAAGUGUUCUGAUGGCGAUGUUAACAACCUGCCGGAAGUGGAAACGGUAACGAUCAAAAAGGAAUGCGCAACUAUCAAGGAGGAAGAUGCUGAUUGCACUAAAUUGGGGCAGACGAUUUUAACCGAUCCUUCCGUUUUCAUCAUAGAGGAAAGCGAUAUGCUAGCAAACGAGUCGAAUAUAUCGUUCGUUGGAUCGCCACCAUCGGAGCAUCAUCAUCGUGGAAGUACACUAAAGUUCGAUAACACCUACUAUCAGGACUACGUUAAUCUAACAUUACACGUUGAUCAGACAGCAAACAACUCCUGUAUAGUUAUCAGUGACGAUUCUCUCACGGCAGCAAGCCAUAUGGAUGCACCAAAACCAAACGUACAAUCUUUGGAAACACGAUUAACUAUGGAGGACCUUCCCGAGCGGAUACAUCGCACAAGGGAAUCGCUGGUAUUGAACUCGACGGUGGCUAGUGAAGUAAUGUACGAGUUACGGCAACAAAUAAGCGAAGCGAAAAAGGUCUGCUGCAGUUUUCAAGGAAAUUGUGAAUGCCGGAGUAGGAGAACUAAAGUGGCCGUUGAGCAGGAAAAUUUGGAAACAAUUCGAGAGGCAUGGAAUCAGAAUUUCGAUCGAAUAUUGAACUCCGUUUCUGACCUGCCCUCGCAUAACAUUCCUCUAGAUGACCGAAUAUCUGAAGUAUUUAGCAGACCUAUGAAGCCAUUGCCUCUGGCGUAUUUGGAGCAAUUGCAGCAGCACUUUCCCGAAACACCGCCAGUUCGUUUUCUCUGUGAGAAUUAUUUAAGUUCUGAGGUAGACAAUGUGUCGUUGAGCGCAGAACAAAGCACAUGCGAUCUGCCUGCUACACCCUGCGUAACAGCAUUACUAUUCAACAAACUCCAAACGGAAAGGUUUCGAUGGUUCCUGGACAUUUCUGAUGAAAACCAAAUGUUCCUCCACCUACGUCAUCGAAUGUUACGAAGUAUUCGGUUCAAUAUUCAACUCCAGAAACGCCAAUACAGCAAACAAGAGGAUAUCCGGAUUAUUCGGUUAGAGUUUACAGAAACUCCUAGCGAUCUUGUGGACUCGCCCCGCUUAUUGAUUGCACAUUUAGAAUUCGUACGCGCACUGAACAAAUCGAUAGUUGAUCACCUUUGUUCACAAUAUCCCACCACAGCUCACUUCAUGGGACUCAUUGUACAUCUUGAUACCAUUGUUGAGCAGAUUUUUGGAAAAGUGGAUCAGCUGUAUCGCAUCGUACGAAAUAACGGAGCUAUUCUAAAAUCAGUUGGACACGAAAGGCAACUUCAAAUUGACAAGUUCUAUGAAUACCAGCAUGAAGACAGCAUCCAUUGGAAUCGAUUAUACGUGCGGUUUGAUGCCAUAGAUCGGAUAAACCAUCAUAGUGUGAUAUUCCAUCGGAAGAUGAUCAACGCCGAAUGUUUGCUCCCAACAGAGCAACAAUGUGGUAAAAACGCCGAUCACGGGUUGACAUUUUUGGAAUGUUUACUGUGGAACGUUGAAAAAAUUUCUAUCGUGUAAAGCAUAUAUUCAAGAGAAUUGUACAGCAUUUUAUCGUUCUAUUAUUUUUCCAUAAGUUUUGGUAUGUAUAGUGUUUUACUAUUUUGUACUCAAUAAAUAGGUGAAAUUUCAA